AUGCUCGUCCAGCUCCACCUCGACCAACCGCAUGACGGUCCACAGCACUACACCAACCUCGAUGUCCUUAGCGGCAAAGUCCUUCUCCGAGUUCCAAACCCUGGCAAUGUCACCAGCAUCGUGGUCAAGCUUGAGGGAGAGUCGCGCACGAGAUUGCUGGCACCCGUGAGACCGGAUCGGCCGGACAAACAGAGACCUGUGUUGGAAGUUCACAAGUUCUUGUACAAGACGCAGGUAGUAUGGCCAGCUAAUACUCGGCCGGAGGAUGUCAAUCCAAAAGCCAGCUUCACUAUCAACUCGGGGAACUACGAGUACCCUUUCCAAUUCAAGAUCCCACUUAAUACUCAAUGUCAGCAGCAGAAUAGCCUGACCACGAACGUUUCCUUCGCAAAUAUGGUGCCCGAGGUAGCCAAGUCACCAACACAGCACAUCAAGACAACCCUUCCACCGUCCUUAAGCGGCUUUCCGGGCGAGGCGGAGAUAAGAUACUACGUAAAGGUGACGGUGAAUGUGCCCCAGUUCUACAAAGAGAAUCCACGGGCUACAGCCAAUUUCACUCUGCUGCCCAUCGAGCCACCUCGCCCAGCAGCAGCAGACGGCGAGGCAUACGCGAGGAGGCAACAUCAGUUCCUAGAGAGCUUCCAGAGUCCUACUAUGGGCAAGAAGAAAGGCAUCUUCGACAGGAAGUCUUCCUCAGGCCCUACAUCACCGACUGCCACUACGACGCCACGUGUGACCGUUGAUGCACGCCUCCCAAAUCCUGCCAUCCUUGCAGCGAACCAAGAUGUACCAUUGAGACUCCUUGUGAAGAAUAUGAGCGAGCGCACAAAGAAUGUGUAUCUACAAAUGCUUCAGAUCGAGCUUAUAGGCUACACCAAAGUUCGGGCGCACGAGGUAACAAGGACCGAAUCAAACAGUUGGAUCCUAGCCAGCAUGAGCAACAUGGCCAUUCCCAUCGGCUCGCCCUCGGACCCAGUCGGUACAGAAAUUCCCAUCAACCCGGAAUACUGGUCCGGCAAGUCCAUUCCCAACUCUGUAGCCCCGACAUUCACAGCCUGUAAUCUGAGCCGGUUCUACGAGCUUGAAGUGCGCGUCGGCAUAGGCUACGGCUCCUACAACCACGGCGAGGAUCAGCUCGUCGUCCUCCCGCUUCGCCUGCCUGUGAAAGUUUACUCGGGCAUUGCUCCCCCCAAGGCCCUUUUGGACGCUACGCUCGUAGGAGCCGACACGAAACUGAAGCCCGCAGCGGGACAAAGCCUCGACGCACCGCAGAUGCCACACGCGCCUACCACGCCGACGCAGCAGGGCGGCUUUCCGAACGCGUUUCCGCCUGCACAGGGCUCGCCCCAACAGGGAGCGCCCGCGUACGAGGAUGCGCCGCCCACUUAUGAGGAGGCUAUCGGGCAGGAUCUACCGCCUAUCAAUGGCAAUCGAGGUAAUUAUGAGCCUCCUCCUGUACCGGAGGAUGCGCCUAGGUUCUCUGAUGAGAAACGAAGAUAA